CAGCAACAGAGGCUUUCUUUUUAUUUUCCUCGAGUGAACUAUGUCAUUGGCUAAACCGGAGGCAGAACUUGGUGCGAAACUCGGAGGGAUGAGAGGGAGGAACGCGCCACCCACUUGCAGCCAAUCAAUGGGCGUUAGGAGCGAUUCAAACGCUGUGCCUUGCCCAAUGGUAGCCGUUGGCGCCUCGAUCUUCGCGCCUCCCAACAGGACGGGGGGGAGGGAUUUGGAACGUCGCCUUGUCCUCCCGCCUGCAACCGUCGCUAAAGGCGGUUAGUUCGCGUUGCCGUUAAGCUCUACGUUCUCUUUUUCUCUCCAAGGACUCUCGCUGUUCAGUAGAGGACUUUAUAUCCACCUACUAGGGAGGCUGGCAGCCGCCAGAAUUGAUUGAAAAAUGCCCAAGAGAAAGUUUGCAGAUGAAGAAGUGGUAAUGGGCCGAUGGCCUGGAAGUGUGUUAUACUAUGAAGUAAAAGUAAUCAGUUAUGAUGACCGUACACAUCUUUAUACAGUUAAAUAUGAAGAUGGAACUGAACUUAAUCUGAAAGAAAAUGAUAUGAGGUCUGUGUCAUCUUUUCGGUUUAGAAAAAGCAGCUCUUCUUCGGGUUCUCCAUCAAGACGUAGUGGUAGCAGAUCUAGAUCAGGCUCUAGAUCUCGUUCACCUGGUCGACCAGCAAAACACAAACGCCGUUCUUCCUCGCGAAGCAGAGAGCCAAAAAAUGAAAAUAAUAUGAUUGGGGAACCUAAUCUGAUUCCUUUGAAGCUGCAUGAAAAUAAUACCAAUCAGUAUAAUGGAGAGCCAGAUAUCAGAGAAGUGAAUUAUUCUCAUGCUAUUUUAGAGCAGCAAAGAAUUGAGUCUGAGCGAGCAAGAGAGCGCAUUCUGGAGCGAUACAGUUUGCAUCCUAGAAAGGAGGAGAAGAGAAGAGAGGAGAUGUAUUCAGAAGAGAAAAUUUUUGAAACACCAAAAAGUAUUGGGAAAGAAUGCCAGAAGACAAAAGAACUAGUAUUUGGAGGAAAAAUUGGUGCCUUCCUUAUGAUAUUUCUUCUGCCUGGAAUUGUGUUCUACCUGUUGCUAAUGUGCACACAGAAAGACCCCAGCCUUUUGAAUUUUCCUCCUCCACUCCCAGCUUUCCAAAAUUUAUGGGAGACAAGAGUGUUUGGUGUCUUUCUUCUUUGGUUCUUUCUCCAAGCUCUAUUUUACUUAUUGCCUAUAGGAAAGAUUGUAGAAGGGGUACCUCUUUGGAAUGGAAUUAGGCUGGAAUAUAGAAUAAAUGGAAUCUACGCUUUUAUCCUAACAGCUGUAGCUGUGGGAAUAUCUCUGUAUUUUGAAAUGGAGCCUUAUUACUUAUAUGACCACUUCCUGCAAUUUGCUACCUGUGCUACAGUUUUUAGUUUACUGUUGAGCAUUUAUCUCUAUGCCCGUUCCCUGAAAGCACGUGAGCAAGAAUUAUCCCCUGGAGGAAAUUCUGGGAAUAUCUUUUAUGAUUUUUUAAUGGGACGUGAGUUAAAUCCUCGCAUUGGAAAUUUUGAUCUGAAAUACUUCUGUGAGUUACGACCAGGGCUAAUUGGCUGGGCUGUUAUUAACUUGGCCAUGCUUUUGACUGAGAUGAAAGUGCAAGAUCGGAAUAUGCCCUCUGUGUCAAUGAUACUUGUUAAUAGUUUCCAGCUCCUCUAUGUGGUGGAUGCUCUUUGGAAUGAGGAAGCAAUUUUAACGACAAUGGACAUAACAAGUGAGGGGUUUGGAUUCAUGCUAGCGUUUGGAGACUUAGUGUGGGUUCCCUUUCUCUACAGUUUACAAGCAUUCUAUUUAGUGAAUAAUCCAAAUGAGAUUUCGUGGCCUGCAGCUUCUGCAAUUCUGACUCUGAAUAUUGUUGGAUAUUACAUUUUCCGUGCUGCCAACUCAGAAAAGAAUUUAUUUCGAAGAAAUCCAAAGGAUUCAAAACUUGCUCAUUUGAAUGUUAUUCCUACUGCAACUGGAAAAAGCCUCCUUGUAUCUGGCUGGUGGGGCUUGGUGCGCCAUCCUAAUUAUUUAGGUGAUAUCAUUAUGGCCCUGGCUUGGUCCCUACCUUGUGGGUUCAAUCAUAUUUUACCGUAUUUCUAUGUCAUAUAUUUUACUGGUUUGCUUAUUCAUCGAGAAGCCCGUGACGAACAUCAGUGUAAGAAAAAAUAUGGUUUGGCAUGGGAAAAAUACUGCCAACGUGUACCCUAUCGCAUAUUCCCAUACAUCUAUUGAGCAACUCCCUGAUGCAGGAUACACAGUUUCGGCAAUGAAAACUUCUUUGUUGUAGAGAACAUACCUCCUACCUUUGCACUUGGAAUAUAUAUUAAUUGUACUGGAUUUUCUUAAAAUACAUUUACAUAGUGAAUUUGCAGAUUUUUUUUACCAGCAAUCUAAUUGAUGCUGCCUUAUAACUUUUUAACCAUUUGCCAUUUUAAGUGACAUAUUUUUUUUAUUAAGAAACAAUAAACUAGUGUAUAGUGCAUGAAAAGUAUCAAGUAAUUUGUAUGCUUUAUGAACUGGUUGUCUGAUCAGUAAUGUUCAUUCUCUGUCCUGUAGAAAAGAAAACCAAAUUUAGGGUUUAAUUCCCAGUAUUUCCUUUCUCUAUAAUUUUAUUUUGUAUUUUUAGCCAUUCAUAGGCUAAGGGAACCUUGGUCAAAAAGUAUCAUAUAAAAAAUUAACUGUAUAGCAAGAUCCAGUGGAAAACAACCUUCAUUAUGCUCAUGCUAAGUUACCUAAUUACAUUUGUUCUCACUCAGAUCUGUCUCCCGUAUAGGUAGUCCAUGUCUUAUGACCACUUAUGAUUGCUAAGCAAUGGGGUCGUAAAGUGAGAUGUCAUGUGACUGCAUCGCUUAGCGAUGGCAAUCCUGACAGUCCCAGUUGCCGUUGUUAACCAAGUACCCACCCUAAUCCAUGCCAUUCCAGGCUUGGUCCCUCCCAGCCCUGAGCCUCAGUAAGGUAAGGGACUGCCUCCAGCUCCCCACACCUGC